CUUGACAAAACUGUUGAUCACAAUCAUGCCACCAGUAAAAAAAUGGAAAAGUCUUUACCAACAACAAACCCGAAGGUUUAAUGGCAAAUUUGGAUCAAAGAAGUUCUAUGAUAACUUAAAUGAUAGUAAAGAGGCAAACAAUGAAAUAAUCAAUGAGGUUUUUGAUUUUAAACCUGCUGAAUCUAUGGAAGAAUAG